GCCAAUAAUGACUGUUACUGAUAGAAUCCCCUUGGGGGAAUACGUGUUUUUGAGAAUUCUUCAGGCGAACCCCAAAUUAAAAUCCAUCUUUGGGGUGCCAGGUGACUACAAUCUUAACUUGAUGGAAUACUUGUAUAAAGACUCGGUUCUUGAUAAAGGUGUUACUUUUAUUGGGAAUUGUAAUGAGUUAAAUGCUGCCUACUGUAGUGACGGGUACUCCAGGAUUAUCGACACUUUUGCCGUUAUGAUCACCACUUUAGGAGUGGGUGAAUUGUCUGCUUUAAAUGGGGUUUCCAGUGCGUUUUCUGAAUUCGUUCCUGUUUUGCACAUCGUCGGAAGUGUUGCAACUGGCAAAGAAAAGGUUAAUAAUGAUGCCCUGAUUGAUGACUUUCAAAAUUGGCACCACUUGGUUCAGUCGAAAGACCCCUUGUCCAAGCCCGACUGUCAUGUCUUUAGCAAAAUGAGUGAACCGAUCUCUAUUUGCACUGAAUCUUUGACUCACAAAGGUUUGUUCAAUGGUGAUAACUUCGAUAAGAUUGACAAUGUCAUCAAAAGUAUCUUGAGAGAAUCAAGGCCCGGUUACCUAUACGUCCCUUCUGACUUGCCAGACAUUUUGGUUCCCGCUUCAAGAUUGGAGAUACCUUUUCAUUACAAGGAAUACGAUCCUGAAAAUAUCGAGUCAAGGUAUAGGUUAAACACGUUGUCUGAUAAAAUCUUAACCUAUUUAUACCAGGCCGAGUCGCCAAUCAUUCAGAGUGAUGACUUGAUUUACAAGUUCCAUGCGUAUGACAGUUUCAAUGGUUUAAUCGAUAAGCUCAAGAACAACAAGCUGGUUAGAUUAUAUGCUAGCAGAAUUGGUAAGUGUAUUGACGAGACUUUGGAUAAUUUUGUUGGUAUAUACCCUAGUGCAUUCCCAGAUGUCGCUGACAAUUUCCAGAAUAAGACGGAUUUGUUGAUAGUGUUCGGUUACACCAAUUUUGAAACUAAUGGAUUGUACAACGGACUUGAACACUAUAAGAACAUAAGGGAUGUAAUUUUAAUCAAUCCUGACUACGUCAAGAUCAACGAUGAAGUUAUUUUCAUCAAGAACCAAAAGAAUGGGCUUAGGAAUUUCUGUUUAAAUGACUUAAUUCAAAACGUCAGUGAUAAGCUUGAUGUGACGAAGCUCAGACAAAUGGACAACAUCCCAAAAUUUAACCGCAACAAAGUAACUGAAUAUCCUGACAAUGAUACCCAGGAUAUGAGAAUCAGUCUGAACAAAUUGUUCAACUUUGCCAACCACAACCUUCGCCCAAAUGAUAUUAUCCUAUGUGAGGUAUCUUCCUUCUCAUUCGACUUGCCUAACUUGACCCUAAGAAAAAACAAUAGAUUGAUCUACAACUCAUAUUAUGCGUCCAUUGGAUAUGCUUUACCGGCUACCCUAGGUGUCUGCUUAGCAUUGAAGGAUCUUGGCAGUGACAGAAGAGUAACCUUAUUUCUUGGUGACGGUUCAGCCCAAAUGACCAUCCAGGAAUUGUCUACGUUCUUAAGAUUUAAUGUGAGCACUCCACAAAUUUUCUUGAUGAACAAUGAAGGGUAUACCAUUGAAAGAGCCAUCAAGGGGGAAACAAGAUCUUAUAAUGACAUACAAUUAUGGAAUUACGAGUUUGCCUUAAAGUUUUUUGGAGAUAUCAAUGAAGAAAAGCACACGUUCCACAAGUUGAAAAAUUCCGGAGAAUUUGAAAAGUUCUUCGCUUGCAGGGACGAAAAGUCUAAAAACAAGCUAGAGUUCUUCGACUUGAGUAUGUAUAAGACAGAUUACUCUGGCGGGUUAAAGUUCUUUCUUGGGAAAUAAAAACAGUGUAUAAUAUACUAAUAUAAAAUUGGUUUUAACACCCUCAAGUUU